AUGGUGGAGCGGGGGGACCUCUCCCUUCCCAUGCAACGUGACUGCCUCAUCCACUACUUCAAAUGCCUCUGCAUGGUUGAGCCACUCUUCACCGCUAUCUCCUCCGACGCCGAUUCCGAACUUAUCAACUUUGUCUGGUACGACGCCUUCUACUCUGAGCAUAAUAAUGAAGUCAGCUCGCAGCCCAACAGCAUCCAAUUGGAGAUGGCUGCUGUUGUCUUCAACCUUGGCGCCGUAUGCAGCCAGAUUGGGGCCUCUUCCGACCGCACCACCGCCCUUGGCCGUCAUCUUGCAAUGGACGCCUUCAAUGCUGCCGCCAUAUUCUUCUUGAAACUCUGGAAGGAUCUCGUCAAGGACGUCUCCGCCACCCUCGACUUGACUCUCCUCUUCGUCGAGAGUCUUCACUGCCUCUUCUCCGCUCAGGCUUUGGAGCUCAAAUCACAGCAACAACUCAAAGACAACAGCAGUUCGGCUUUCGAAAAAUAUAGAUGUGCCGUUUCGUUUCAAUCGCCGUUGCCUUUGAAGAAGAGUGAGCCGUUGGACCUCUACGAGUCCUUGCGCAAUUACUUUGUCCUCAAAUACUCUGAGAGUGUGGCAAAGAGUGUAGAAGGCCUUCUCGAAUUGCUAAACAAAUUGCGUAGUGAAAUGCUGCGUGAUGACCUCUCUCUACCCUUGCGCCGUGACUGCCUCAUCCUCUAUUACAAAUGCCUUUGCAUGAUUGAGCCUUUGUUCCCCAUGACUUCCUCAUCCAACCCACCUAUCUUUGUUUGGUACAAUGCCUUCAACCCACAACAGAACUCUUCUCAGCACAACAUCCAUUUGGAGAAGGCCUCUGUUCUCUUCAACCUGGGAGCCCUCGGCUCCCACAUUGCUCUCUCCUGCGAUCUCACCACCAUCCAAGGCCAGCGCAUUGCCAUAGACGCCUUGCAUGAUGCUUCAUAUUGGUUCUUAUUAGUAACGCAUGAGGCUGAGAAGGCAUCUGCCACCAUUGACUUGUCAAUAAGCUGCACCCAGAUGCUGCACGAGAUAAUAAGCACGCAGGUUGCUGACUUGGAAUGCAAUUUUCCUCAUCCCCGUUAUGUAUCAGUUUCUGCUGGAUGUCCUGUUUUUGUGCUUUAUCGGAAAGCUUUUGACAUGUCGACAUUGGGGCCUUUAGCUGAGACUCGUGUUCAAUCCUUGAUAGCUCAACAUCUUCUGUUGAUUAUGAGAACCUGCCUUAUUGAAUUUGCUCCUAGUGAUGUCACUGAACAAUUUCUUGUAGGGUAUUGUAAGGCUGCACAAUUUCUUACAGGGUAUCGUAUUCCAGUGGGAUGUCAACCACCAUGCUUGGACCUUCUCUCCAAGACUGGCCCUGUCAUGAUUAAGGAUGGAAAUCUUGUGGCCAACCUUAGUGGCAGUGACAUUCGCAUUGGAGGAGAUGAGCUCCCAGGAGACCACAGUAACAUGGCCAUAGACCAAAACUGAACAAGCUUUAGGAAUUACCUGUUUAUUUUCAUUUUUAAAUUGGAUAUUGGAAUUUUGUUUGUUGAUGCUAGAAGCCUAGAACAAAAUUUGUGAAUAUAUUAUCCUCAUAAUUUUGUUUGUUAAUGUGUGAAUAUUUGUUUGUUGACGUGUGAAUACUGAAUAUAGUCCUUCUUAUUUCUCACUAAUUAGUAGUGAUUUGUAUGCCUCUGAUCUUGUAGUUGUAGCCUUUAUUAGUUAUUGUUGCAUAUUGGCAGAUAGAAGGUAUCAAAUUUUGUGACAUGUGGUAGUAAAGAGAGUGAUUUAUUGUUUUCUUUUAUUUUAGAGAUAUAACAGAGAGAACGAUAAUAUAUAUUUUGCUUGGUUCUCCACAAAUUUUGAAUCAAAUAUUUUUGUCUUAAUAAAUUUUUAUUAUUUCAAAAUUUU